ACGACGCUGAAUUGAUUUAGCCAAAGCGUUCGACUGCUCAGCCCACUUGUCAAAUGGAGAAACCAUCGAAGCGACUGGGAAAUCCUAACAUUAUGCUGGCAUUUGCCAUCGUGGAAAUCCUGUUGACCGGUCUGGGAUUCGCCGCAAAUCUCUACAGCCUUUUUUAUGGAGCGCUGGCACCGGCCAACCAUUUUCCGAUUUUACAAAUCCUGGCCUUUGUCCUCUCCAUCCCAGUGUACUUGGGACAGCUGGCAGCCGGGAUGUGUUUCAUGGAGGCCGGUGUACAAGUAUAUCGCGGCCACCGAGAUCCGACAUCCAUCGCCGACCGUGAAAUGUUCACUGCCUGCAGCCAGAUCUGCGGCGUCUACCUGGGGGCAAUGGUUUUUGCAUGGUUCUGUGCGAUAGCGUUUGAUUCGGAUUGGUACAUCUCCAAACUGGGCGUCUGGGGUGCCAUCCACCAUGUCGUCGAUGCUGACCAGACCGGACAGUUUGUCAUGCUCGGAUCGCUCCUGACGCUAAUCGCCAGUAUGGUUGUGGUAUGCCUUGCCGCUUCGCAUUAUGGUCCCGUCGACAACGAUCCGAAGGCUGCGUCCACCAACGAAAAACAGGGACUGCUGGACCACGCGGAUGGACGAAACAUGCCACCUCCGUCCUAUGAAUCCGUCGAAAUGAAGAUCACGGUGUAGAAACAACAUGUCCAGUGUGACCGUUGUCAGGAUGCUGACAUUCUACAUUGAGCUUAACGGCCUCUUGCAGGAAACGCUUUGCAAUUGUACGCUUUUGCUAUCUUACGCUUCAUGCUGCUCUGUGAACAUAACGUUAUACAAACGUAAAAAUUGUUAUUUGCGUUGAAUGUGAGUAUAAAUACAUAGUACUUAAUAAUAUCGCGUUUAUAAUCAAAAGUUAUUUGUCUUCACAAUUUCCAUGUUACUCUUCCUGCUCUAAGCUUUUGCAUUAGCUGGUUUGACCGUUUUUGAUAAGGGAAAUGCACCUUUUUUUAUUUAUUAGUGGCUAUUGCAUAAUUAUUAAAGUGCUAUGUG